GCCCAUUAUCGGCAGAAGAAGACGCGUCUUCUUUUGUCUAGUUCUCCGAUCAGCGUCCGUGCGUGCGUGCGUUGUCACUUUGGUAAAAUAGCAGAGAAGACAAGCGAAGAGAGUCAAUCAAUUAACCAAUCUGAUCGGCGAUGGGUUGUUUCAGUUGCAUCAACGGAACGCAAAAGAAGCAGCGUAAGGAAGAAGAGAGACAAGCCUCCGCCGAAGCUCGCGCCAGAGCCGCCGAAGCUGCCAUGCGACGAGAAGAAGAGUUUAAAAAGUCUGCACAUGGAAGGGCUGCACAAGCUCAGUUACAGCAAAUGGCUAAACAAUCUGCUAAUACUAACAAAGGAGAGCCUGUUCUUAAGUGGCAAAUGACAUAGUGAUGGGACCGGCCUAAUCUCUACCUUAAUCAUCUGAUUUAUUUUCUGAAUUUGUUAAAAAGAACAAAAAAAAAAAUAGGCAACAAGUUUGUAUAUGUAUAGUAGUAAUAAAAUGUUAAGAUCAACUCUAUGAGCUUACAAUAAAGUGUGUAUUCUUCAUUUGAAUAUUGUGUGGAUUGUUCAAGCUUUAGUUCAUCA